GUCGCCAUCCAAAAGCAAUAUUACAUGACAUCAGUACUGCUGUUGUGUUUCCUGAUGCCGACUCUCGUUCCCUGGUAUCUGUGGUCCGAAACCCUAUGGAAUUCAUUCUUCGUGUGCGUUAUGUUCCGGUAUAUAUUCGCCCUGAACUCGACCUGGCUGGUCAACUCGGCCGCACACAUGUGGGGAUACAAGCCCUAUGACAUUAACAUAGCGCCGGUAGAGAAUAUGCCGGUCGCCGCUCUCACCUUAGGUGAGGGGUACCAUAACUUUCAUCAUACCUUCCCCUGGGACUACUCGACCAGCGAGUGGGGUUGGAAUAUAAACUUGACCACGUUCAUUCUGGACCAAUUGGCCAAAAUUGGUUGGGUUUAUGACAGACGUUACGCCACUAGAGAUCUGAUUGAGAAACGAAAAGCCCGGACCGGACCCCAGGCCUCCACAUAUAUCGCACACGAACACGAAUAUUGAUUUGAAAACUGAUUAUUGUUUUUUAUAAACAAUUAUUUUUCAAUUAAAAAAUUAGGUUUAGUUUAAAAGAAGUUAAUUUAAUUGCUUUUCAUAUUUUUUGAUUAACAAUUUUGC